GAUUACCGGUUUUACAUGACCGUAACUGAGACAAGAAUAAGAACCCUCUAGCUAAAUUAAAAAACACAAAAAAAUGACAGUGGAACAAAUAAGCUAAUUUGUGAUGAAAUUGUUUUACCGAGUGAAAAAUAGUUGAAACGGGUAAAAACAGCUUUGAUAAUCAUGGAAGCCGUUCCAAAAUUACCCAUGUUAAGUUUUGAGCUGAAGGUGAGCCACGAGAACACGCAUUUUGGACCAAAAUUGAAACAGUACAUUGCGGAAGCUUAUAGGGAGGAUCCAGACAGCUACAGCAAUGAGAUACAUCAGUUGGAGGGUUUGCGGUCAGCGGCUGUUCGACCUACAAUCGAUUCUGUUGGGUUGAGCGCCCUAAUCAGAUAUUUCUGUCAGCUGCGGUCGCUGCAAAGCCGAUUCCCAAUGGCUAAAGGUCAACCUGCUGCGUGUUCUUUCAACUGGAAGGACCUGUACGCAAAUAUGAACAGAACUCUAGCAGACAUAAGGUUCGAAAUGGCAAGCAUUCUAUACAACAUAGGGGCACUCCUCACGCAGCUUGGUGCUGCUGAACCUCGUAACACAGCCGACAGCCUGAAGACGGCCUGCACACACUUUCAACAUGCCGCGUGGGUGUUCCAGUACUUAAGAGAACAGUUACCACAGCCAUCCGGGGUUGAUGUGUGCUCUGAGAUCAUGAGAAUGAUGCAGGAGAUAUGUUUUGCUCUAGCACAGGAGUGCAUUCUGGAGAAGAGUAUUCAGGAUACCAGGAAACCUAGUGUUGUUGGCGCUGUAGCAACACAAGUGAUGUACUUCUACAAGAACUCGCUAGGUUACCUGGGCCCCACCUCCGGAGCAGACAUAGUUCAUGAGAUAGUUGGCACAAAGCUGUAUAACUACUGGCACAGAUACCUGUCUUUCAAGCUCAACUACAUCGGCUGUGUUGUUUGUCUGUAUCAAGGCAUGCACGCAGAAGAGCAACAGAAAAUGGGCGAGCGUGUAGCCUUCUACCAACACGCUGUCGAACGUUUAGCUGAAGCCAGGAAACUCACCAAGAACAUAGAACCAGCUCAAGUAGUCCAAGAAGCUCUCACCUUCACCAACGACGUGGUGGAAGGGAAGAGGAAAGCCGCCAAGAAUGAAAAUGAGUUCAUUUAUCAUGAAGAAGUCCCGGAAAAGGAUGUGCUAUCGGAUAUGAAGCCUGUAUGCCUGGUGAAGGCGUUGCCGAUUAACUUUAAUGAUCCUGAGGUAUCAGGGACCGACGUAUUCUCCCGCCUUGUACCGAUGAUGGCUCACGAGGCUUCCUCCGUGUAUUCGGAGGAGAAAGCCCAGAUGUUACGUCACAUCGUCGGCCUGGUGGAGGCCAAGAAUACUGAGCUCACUGAGUUCAUGUCCUCGCUGCAGCUGGACCAGCUGGAUGUCAUUGAGUCUGAUCAGAAGGUUCCUCAAGAGAUUGUAGAUAGAUGUGCCGCAAUGAAUGCCAAAACCGAGAUUAUUCAGACGCUAGUUGACUCUAUGAACAACCUCGCUGAAAUCAUCAGCGAUGUCGAAGAGUCUUUGGCCGAAAUCAAAGAAAUUAUACAGGAAGAGACAACGAAAGAAAAGGAAUACCAAAAAAUCAUGGGACCGCGUCCCCCAUCCAUAGUACAAACUGAACUAUCCCGCGAGUUUCACAAGUACGAGGAAGCCCAUGCUCGAACCAACGAGAGCAACCAGGUGCUACACAAGGCGAUGACGCUACACAUCGCCAACUUGCGUCUGCUGGCUCAGCCGCUAGACGUGCUGCAGUGCAAGAUACCCAGCAUCGAUAAUAUUGUAGGUCUAGACCGUGAAACAAUGACGGAAAUGCGUCGCGUGGUCGGCAAGGUCCGCGAGAUGCAAACACAACGCGACUCUCUUGUACAACAGUUGAGGGAAGCGGUGACCAACGACGAUAUCACCUCGCAGUUGUUGGCGAGGAAUAAUGAGCCUAAAGAGGAGAUUUUUAAGCAGGAGUUGAAGAAACAUAAUCCUACGAUACAAAUCAUCGAAGCGAAUCUAGCAGCUCAAGAGAACAUAAUAAACAAACUGACUUCAGUGUACGCGUCAUACGGUGACUCCAGACGUUUGCUGUCAGACGUGCUGAGGAAACGAGAAGGGCUCAUUAAUGCUCUAAUCACAUCAUACGACACAUACGAAGAACUUCUGGGCAAGUCACAGAAAGGUUUGGAGUUCUACGCGAAGCUGUCCCACAACGUGUCGCAACUGCUGACGCGGCUGCGCAGCACGUGCCAGGUGCAGCGCGAGGAGAGGGCGCAGCUCCUCGCCAAGCAACAGGGGAAAGGUAAGUGCUACCUGUCACACGUGUCGCAACUGCUGACGCGGCUGCGCAGCACGUGCCAGGUGCAGCGCGAGGAGGGCGCAGCCCUCGCCAAGCAACAGGGAAAGCUGUCACACGUGUCGCAACUGCUGACGCGGCUGCGCAGCACGUGCCAGGUGCAGCGCGAGGAGGGCGCAGCCCUCGCCAAGCAACAGGGAAAGCUGUCACACGUGUCGCAACUGCUGACGCGGCUGCGCAGCACGUGCCAGGUGCAGCGCGAGAGGGCGCAGCUCCUCGCCAAGCAACAGGGAAAGCUGUCACACGUGUCGCAACUGCUGACGCGGCUGCGCAGCACGUGCCAGGUGCAGCGCGAGGAGAGGGCGCAGCUCCUCGCCAAGCAACAGGGGAAAGCGAGUACCCCGACCCCCACAGCGGCAGCCAGUCCCCCGCCCGCUAAACAAGCAGAGGCAAGUGCUAUAGUGAGCCAGUUGCCCCCCUCACUGGCGGCUGGCGGAGGACCACGCAAGCUGAAGGACUACCUGCCGUAUAUGAAGAAUAGGAACCGCGGUAUGGCGCCGCAAGCCCCCGUGGAACCAAUUCCUCUGGACUCAUAUUAUCCUGAAGGCAUAUACCCAACUUCAGUGCGCCCGACACCCGUUGGAUCAGAAGCAACGGAUAUAAAUCAGAUGCAGUUACCUGACGGCGUGGUAAUGCCUCCGGUACAAGCCGUGCCCAGUCCGUACGACCGGUACCUAUACGGCCCAUCCGAUUCCGAACCGUACGCCAUCCCAUCCAACUACCUAUUCCCUAAUACCAGCAAAACUUACGAAAAACCGUCCCACGAAGACUUGAGUUAUGGUUACUCUACGUAUACUCCGCAACAGUUUUCUGCGAAUACUUCUGAACAACAAAUAUAUUCUAAUCCUUACUACGCCAAUUCUUAUGGCGCUCAAAACAAUGCUACUGUAGUCACUGACUCACAGAACUUCUCUAAUGUGGUUCCAAAUCAGGUCAAUGUGAAUCCUAACCAAGGAAAUGUGAAUCCAAAUCAGGGUGGAAUGAAUCCAAACCAAGUUAGUAUGAAUCCGAAUCAAGUCAGUAUGAAUCCGAAUCAAGUGAACAUGAAUCCCAAUCAAGUAAACGUGAAUCCAAACAUUCCAAACCAAAUUAAUGUGAAUCCGAACCAAAUCAAUGUGAAUCCGAACCAAGUUAACGUAAAUCCAAAUCAAAUAAAUGUAAAUCCUAAUCAGAGCUACGAGCCAUACAUGAACCAGAUGGGACCAAUUCCCGAGUCGUCCAUGUCGUCCGUAUCUGCCUACAGUAGUGCGAAUCAAACGGACAUGAUCGCAAAUUUCGCACAAAUGCAUGUUUCGGGGCCUAAGCACGAAAAUCCCCAAGAUUUUGGAGCGGAUUAUUCGCAGACUUUCUAUAGCGUUCAGUACCCAAAUGUAUCGACUCCUGGAUCAGCCGCCUAUACCAGCGCUCCUCAGAAUUCUAACACGAGCUUAGCGCCUUCCCAGAUGAAUUCUGACUACAGUACGCUGAACUAUCCGUACAGUAACGAGUCGACGCAGUACAGUCAGCAGGUGCCGACGUUCUCUGCUGCUGACCCUUCGUACAACUAUGCCACUACCUUCGCCUCGACCUCCCAAGGGUACACGUACACUAAUGCCAAUACUUCUACAACCUCAAGCAUAGCGAACUCCAACAGUCUCCCAUACUCCUUCACGUCAGAAAUGGACAACUAUAACCCAGCUCUGUCCCAGUUAGACGCUAUUGACAAACCGAUAAAGUCCCACGCGAAGGGUGAAGCCCUAUCCAGCCUGAGCUUCCAGCCAUCCUACCAAAACUACGGCUCCAAUGUUCCCGGGUACUCCAACCAACCCCAGACAUAUAACCCGACCAGCACGUACGGUUACACCGAUCAAACAAACACGAACUUCUCACAGUCCUACCAAAACCACCCGGGUUAUAACUUCAACUCGACCACGGGAACCUACGAGUAUAAUUUCGGUUCGCAAAACUCUUAUACAUAUGAUAAUACCGUACAAGAGAAUGUGAAUUAUCAGCCGGCGGAGAAAGAACAAAACUGGCAGCAGCCAGCGAUAUACACGAGCGCGGGGAAUAUGGGGACUUGUGAGACUGUGCAGUCGCCGACUGACAACUCACAGAUAGUGCCGCAAAUGCCUGCGGAACAAGGAGUUAAUAACCAGAUGUACUAUAACAACACGUACGGCUACCAGAGCGUGACGUCACCAGUGAACGACGCGCAAGCAGCGCAGCAGACAGUUCCCAACAACUACGUAGUGAACGCGAACCAGCCGGGCUACGUGCCGACUGUUCCGACCCCACAGGACCAUCACGUCACGUUCAAUAGCGGUCCAGUGUCGGCACCGAGUGACAAUGUUGAGCCAAAAUUUGAGACUUAUCCUAAUGUAGACAAUCAAAGCACUUCAAAUGUAGAGCAAAGUACUCCAUAUGUAGAACAGAGUACUCCAAGUGUAGAACAAAAUACUCCGAGUGUAGAACAAAGUUCUUCCGUUGAGCAGAAAGUUCCAGAAACAGUUCCGACAGACACUAAGCCACAGGUCAAACCUGAGCUGACUGCAUUCGAUUUGCUAUCGGAGAUCGACUUUUCAGUAGAACAAACGCCACUAAUGCCUGAAAUUAAAGUGCCCCAAAUAUCUGAAAGUGCUAUAAGAAAACCUGUGGCACCUAGAGUAGAACCCGUGAAAAAGGUACCAGUAAAGGAAGAAGUGAUUGAACGCCCUGCAAAGAGAGAUUUAUUCUCCGAUCCGAGUUUGUUGAAUCAGUUCACUCAAGAAGUGAAAAAUCUACAGAAAUUGACAGAUUCACUGACUAACAAAAUGCCCAGUGGUUUGACGGUACUGGACUCCAAAUGGAAGAAUUUCCAAGAUUUUCAGACGAAGCAGAAUAUGACUCGAAGCAAGACCAUCGCCAUGCAGCAUACAAACGGCAACAUAGUGACUGAAGUGGUGCCUUAUGAUGACUCGCGUCUGACUCUCAAGUCUGACCCUGACGCAUUUAUCAACGCUUCGUAUUAUAAGCAACUAGCGUCAUGGUGUAUUCCUCUAGUGAUCUCAAAGAACCCCAGCGAGUCUGAAUAUACGGUGUUCUGGAAAGCCGUGUUAGAAAACAAAAUAACUUGCAUUGUGUGUCUGCUGAGUGAAAUUGAGAUGCAAGGCAAAACCUACUGGCCGACUGCAAAAGGACAAAGCUUGGACCUGUCAGAUGGGUUGAAAGUUCUCCUAGAUGAAGUGACGUGUACCGUGCACUGGACAGAGAGAAAACUCACUGUUUCUACCGGGAAAACUGUGUUGAAUGUCACACACUAUCAGAUUAACGUGUUUCCUGCUAAGAUCGUCUGCUCCCCCCUAGUGCUCCUAGCAGACAAACUGCUCAGUCAGACGUACGACGGCAGACUGAGCAACCAGCUGUGCGGCGCGUGGGUGCAGGACGCGGCGGGGGCGGGCCGCAGCUGCGUGCUCGCUCUGCUGCUGAUGCUCAUGUGCCAAGUGCGAGCGGGGCAGAUGCAGCUGUGUGAUAUGCUUGACGCCGGGUGCAUGAACUUGUACACACAUAGGAGCAACGUGUUGGAAGACACCAAAUAUUUGGCGGACGCCUACAGAACUGCAUUGUUUUAUGUCCAAGGAGUUCUCUGUUCUGGUACAACGAUGUUCAACGGAGAAGCGGUGUCUCUCCCAUCAGGCGCCGCGGUACUUCCCCCCGUAACCCCCACUUCUAACCCUUCCACCGCCGGCCAGAAACCCACCAAGUUCUCCCGCGAAUCCUUCGAGGAAAUGAAGCAAUCGCCAGGGUUAAAAAGCGGAGAUAUGAAGGACCCACUCAACUUCCUCGACCCUCUCUGGAGCUUGAAGAAAAAGUGAGCUCCCUUCUUCGUCAAAUGGUUCGAUGGACUAUGUCGUCACUAGACGCAGCGAUACUCAACCUUCGGCCCGCUGAGGUGUCAGUCUUGCAGAUCUCACGUAUAAAGAGUAUUACUUAGCAUAUGGAUAGGUGCGGCCGUAUUGUUGCGGCCCCAGAAAAUAGUAGGUUGAGUAUCGCUGAUGAAGCACCCGCUGGAGUAAAUAAAAUUAUGUUCGUGAUUCCUUUCGCCUGUCAUACACGAAGUGCCGAUUAUUUCGAUAUUACUUGUUAAUUACUUAAACAAAAUUAUUUUAUCGUAAAAGUAUUUUUAUUAGCUAUGUUUUCGUUUUCUUGACGUAUUUAGUUUUAUUAAAAUUUUAGCUUCUUAAUAAGAUAGGUUAAAUAAAAAUUAAAUAUUAUUCCACAAAAAAUGAGUAUUCUUAUUAUUUAUUAUCGUUACUAGAUUUAUGUUUUUUUAAUUUAGUUGGCUUUAAUUUUAUCUACUUUUGGAUUAUUAUGUAUAAUGAUCGAAUGCGUUUUAACAAAUUUUCCAUAAUUAACGGUUUCAUGUUAAUUUCAUUUAACAAAAUAUCUAGAAAGUACUAUACGGAUUAAUGAGCAAGUUGGACGGUAUCAGAUUUUGUAUUUUUGUUCAGUAAAAUUUAGGAAAAUAUGCUAUUAAUCAUGAUUCGCCAAAAAAACUAAAUUCAAUUGUUGCAUGCCGUCAUACUGAUAUGAAAAGGUUUUUUUAACUUACAAGUAUGGAAUCUUUAAUUCUUUUUUUACAAAUCGAUAAUUUUAUGUUAUUAUCGAUAGAAAAAACAUUAUUCAGCGCAGCGAAAAUAUACAUGUUCCCAAGCGCAGACUUUUCAGUGAAGAAAGCUUUUGUGUAGAUUUUGGAUAGUGAUUUUUGAUAUUGUAAAAAUCUUUUUAUUUAUGUUAAAGGAACAAAACAAGCAACCAUGUUACUAAUUAUCACAAAUACUUUAAUUUCAAAGCACUAUUAACUUUGAUUUAGUUCAGAUGUUAAGCGUUAUUCUUUCUGUUCUAUUAUUAUUUUGAAUUAGUUGUCGAUACCUACAAAACAUAAAUUGAACGAUUUGCUCGAGCGCCGUUCAUCUGAACUUAGCUUUAUUGUAAGACAUUGUAUUAUUCCAACACUGUUUUAAUGUUACUACAUUCCUUGUGUUUCGUUUUAUUUUAGUUAUAAAUUAUACUAUUGAAUACAUGUUACGCACGCAUUUCGGGAUGCCAAUGCCAAUUUAUAGGUUUAUACAAAGUUGACGUGUUCAGUCGACACUGAACUGUAUGAAAGCGCGGGCAGCGUGCUCACUGACCGGAAUGUGUCAACAUUGUCUAAUACGUAGGUGCGAUAGUUAUUGUAAAGCAGCUAAAUUGUUUCAUGUUCCAUAAUUAUACUCUAAUGAUAGUUAUGUAUUUGAAUUUUCAUACAUUUUAAUAAAAGUUGAUUUUGUAUUAUUAUCUAUUGUAAUAAAAUGUAACGAAUAUUAAUGAAUUUAAUACUGUAGUUAGGUACUGAUAUUCAUAGCAUACUCAAAUAAAAUAAAUUGGACUGAGA